ACGGCGGCACUUUCCUAUUCAGCAAUGCCAUGGAAACACGAAAACUCGCAAUAGCAGAAUUAAAAUCGUUUAUUAGCGAAUCAGAGCGUAGAAUCAAGAGCCUGCUAGAUAGUAUUGGAUGGAGUAAAGAAAGUGUUCAACAUGCGAAUGGCAUCAAACAAAAGGACGGCGUUGAAGAAGCGAAAGCUGAAUUGAACUCACACGAUACAUUUCCUGCAUCCUUUCAAGCUACGAACAGUUCUAGUUGUAUUCGACUAGAUAACCUUAAACAAGCGGAAGCAAUAUUGGAAGAUGUGUAUCUAAAUUCAUCAUUUGAAUUAGGCGUUCCGCUAGAAGAGCUUGUGAACCGCAACCCACCGUCAAACCUGGAAGAUUUGCAUGUAAAUUUUACGCGAGAUGAACGUCUGUCUUUGUAUAAUCAUGUGCUGAAAAACACUACCAAACCACCCGAUGUGCCGGAAAUCAAGAUAAGGUUUAAGCGUGAUGCACAAUCUGAGGAAAAGGUCGCUUCGCUUACAGAAAUAGCAGCAAUGGAACGUGAUGCGCGAAGACGAAACCCGAAACAUAGAGUGUCCAAAAAACCGUUAACGUACAAGGAAGAAGUGAGACAUUUGAUACAGGUACAAACCGAUGCUUUGGCCCAUCAUUUCCGACAAUCUUCACACACCAAACAAGGAAACGUUAAGAGCAAUGGCAAAAAAUCGAAACUCGCCCGUAAAUCUCGUUCGCAUUCACCCGACCCAGAACGUAGCCACAAGAAGAAAAAACGUCACCGAAGCCGUUCCCGUGAGCGUUCACAGUCGCGUGAACGAAAAAGGCAUAAAUCGCACAAAAAACACAAGAAAAGUCACAAAAGGUAA